AUGCUUUUCCUUUUCACACCUUUUUUUGGGCAGUCAUCCACAACUCCACAACACCCGAUUGCGCACCCUCGUUCAACCCUCGCUCAGUCCACCGCCCGCAACAUGGGCUCUUGCCUCUUGGUACAUACACUCCGUACGUCCUCGAACUCGACUCUUCUGGCCCAUAGCCCCCACACCAUUCGAGCUAAAAUUCCCAUCACGCCCUGUCCAUCACCUGCAAGGAUACCACUGACAAGGACCAGGGGCAAGGACGAGCAGCUUCCCCGGCACACACACCUCUCUCUCCCCGUCCAUUUCUCUUCUUUUUUCCUGAUGACCUCGCACCACACAAGCUUGAAGCCGCAUGCCACAGCAACAAAAAAAAGCAAAGAAAAAAGCUGCACUGCACUGCGCUGCACUGCACACUGCACGCUUUCCUCAACCCGCCCGCCCGUCCGCUCGUGCUAUCCAUGCCAGAGUUCCCAUGCUUGCUUGGCACCCUCCUCUCGCCUUUCGCGGCCUUUGCAGAGAACCCCCAAAAUGCGCCGCCCACCGCCUGCUGUUCGUGGACUUGUGUCACUAUCACCGCCCACGGCCCACCACCCAUCACUUAUCGGACCUUAG